GGGGGAUUCCCUGUUGAUUCCGGCUCGUUUGUUUUCUCAUGAGAUAGGACAUGGCUUCGGUUUAUCAUCUUAAUCCGCUUUUUUAUUUAAUUAAUAACUCUAUGGCUGCGUCUCCGUAGGGAACGAUUAAGCAUCCUGGGGGCCGUGGAACCUCACUCGUUGGUUCCCCCCGCAGGACGGCGUUAGGAUGGUGCCGGCCAGAGCGCGCGGGGGCGGAAGCAGCGGCGGUGGUGGUGGUGGUGGUGGUGGCGGCGGCGGCUGCUGUCAGAGCUGGAGCGCGGCCGGCUGAGCAGUCAUGGAGGGUCAGCGCUGGCUGCCGCUGGAGGCCAACCCUGAGGUCACCAACCAGUUUCUCAAGCAACUAGGCCUGCAUCCUAACUGGCAGUUUGUGGACGUGUACGGGAUGGAGCCUGAACUUCUCAGCAUGGUUCCGAGACCAGUGUGCGCCGUGUUACUCCUCUUCCCUAUCACAGAGAAGUAUGAAGUCUUCAGAACAGAAGAGGAAGAGAAAAUAAAAUCCCAAGGACAAGAUGUUACGUCAUCAGUGUAUUUUAUGAAACAAACCAUCAGCAACGCCUGUGGAACCAUUGGACUAAUCCACGCCAUCGCGAACAACAAAGACAAGAUGCACUUUGAAUCAGGGUCAGCAUUGAAAAAGUUCCUGGAGGAGUCUGUAGCAAUGAGCCCUGAAGAAAGAGCCAGACACCUGGAGAACUAUGACGCUAUUCGAGUUACUCAUGAAACCAGUGCACAUGAAGGUCAGACUGAGUCCUCCUCGCCAUCCUCAUCACAGCCUCAUUCUAGCCACUGCAGAACGAAGGCCUCAUCAUUGUGUCACCAUGCAUCCCUGCCCUGGGUCAAACGUAACCAUGUAGGCCCUGCAAAGGCUACCAGUCCAUCUCUCCGUCUGCGUCGCUGGCGACCCUUCUUACGCCUGCCAUCUUUGGGUCUCCAUGCUGUUGCACCAAGUAUAGAUGAAAAAGUAGAUCUUCAUUUUAUUGCGUUAGUUCAUGUAGAUGGGCAUCUCUAUGAAUUAGAUGGACGGAAACCGUUUCCAAUUAACCAUGGGAAAACUAGUGAUGAGACAUUGUUAGAGGUAACAGUAAACAACUGGACAAUUUUAACCUUUACUCACCUUCUUGUCGUCUUUAAGGGUGACUGUGUGCUUUCUUUCUGUACCUGUUUCUUGGUCCUUGGCCAUUUUAGAACAUCCCCAAACAAAAUUGUGAAUUCCUCUUAAAACUAUACAAGCCAGAAGCUUUGCUCCUGAGCCCUGUGUGAACAGCUUAAAUUUGAAAAAGGCAAAAGACUUGCUCAUUAUAGGCCAUCCUUGUUGAAUCUAUGAUAUCAUCAGUUGUGACUCGAUCCCAGCUUUAGAGAUCGAUCUUUUUUUUUUUUUUCCUUUUUUUCGGAGCUGGAGACCGAACCCAGGGCCCUGCGGCUUGCUAGGCAAGCGCUCUACCACUGAGCUAAAUCCCCAACCCCUUUAGAGAUCUUUUAAUGGGAACAAAUUGUGUGGCUUAUUAUUGAGGCAUUAUAUAAUUUGUAGGUUAAAAGUUGAUUUUUAAAUUUAGUCUUGAGAUGGCCUUGCAAUGUAAACACAGACUGACCUGGAAAGUGUCUGUGUGGACCAGCUGGUCUUGAACUUGCAGGGUUCUGCCUUCUGAGCAAAUCACAACUACUUGGAGAAAUUAGAGAAGAGGAAUGGGAAAUUACUUGCCUGGCUACACAGAGAGUUUAUCUACCUAGGCAGCUUGAAACGGGGAGGAUCGGGGCUUGAGUAGAAUGCUUGCCAAGACUCUGGAUUUGAUCCCCAGUCCUGGAAGCAGGCAGAGGAACAUGGCGGCAGUCUCUACUCUAUUUUAUGCUAAGCAAAUUACUUUGCCACCUGUUUGUUCUUUGACAUUUUUAGUUGUCAUUUCAUAUUGGAAAAAGAAGUCUCUAGAAUUAGUGUGAAUAAAAAAAGCUACAGAAUUUAUAACUGAAAACUUACACUUUCCCUUUCCCUUCCAUAGGAUGCCAUAGAAGUCUGCAAGAAGUUCAUGGAGCGCGACCCUGAUGAGUUAAGAUUUAAUGCAAUUGCUCUCUCAGCAGCAUAGCAUCUUGACAGAAACACCAAAUACUGUAUUAUUUGCAACAAAAGUUAAAUUUCUGAUGCCAUAACUAACUCAAAAUUUUUAAUAUUUUCAUUAACUUGACUAAUUAAACUUUAUGUGAAUAAACUUUGACUUUACCUGUA